GAGUGCGUUCAGAAGUAUUUUGUGGAAAGCAUUGAAACUUUCUGCCGAAAAAAAUAAAUUCACAAAUAUGAACAACAUUUGUAACUUUUUAAAGAUUAAAACUCCUUUCAAUACCUUGUGUCGAUCAUUCUACUAUAAAAAUAAAAUUAAUAAAAAGUAUUUGUAUAAAGAUGGAAAAAAUAUCACUGGAACUAUAAAUUAUUAUCCAAAGAAUGAUAAUGAUCCUAUCUUGCAAUCAUUAGAAGAAUCUGGACCUGAAGAACCACCACCAAAGAUGUUUCGCGUAACCAGAAUCAAAAGAAUUCAAGGAAAUCCUUUUUGGGAGCGUCGAAUUCUUCGUGAGCUGGGAUUAUUUGAAAGACCUAACGUUGCUGUUAUUAAAAAUAUCCCUGAGAAUAACGCUCGUAUGUGGAAGGUUAAACAUCUGAUUAAGAUCACUCCAAUCAGAUUCCCUUACGGCGAACCAACAGAAGAAGACCUCAAAUACACUCAGAUCAAAGAGAAUGGUGAUUGCAUUGUCAUCAAAAACAUUGAUACACUCAAUAAAAGAGUAGAAGCAACUGAGAAAUUUAAGAAAGACGUGAAACGACUAGAUGAUACAACUUUGAAAAAGGAUAGCAGAAUGAAAUGGUUGAAUCCUUGGUAGAAACUAUCACUUGUAUCAGUUAUCUAACGUUUAAUAAAAACUUAUUGUUUAGAUAGUAAAAGUUA